CACCGUACCGUAUUUUGGUUCUUCUCAGUUUCUCAGUCCCGCGACACCACCUCAUCCAUUCGCGUCAUAAUAUUAUCUAUAGAAAAAGUUUCCCAAAAUCCUCUUUUCUCAAUUGUUCAAUUUCUUCUACUACUAGGUCUCCCCUCCUCCUUCUUCAAUGGCCGCUCUUCUCGAUUCACUCUGCGUUUCUCGCUCUUCUACUCCUCCUUCCCUCACCUUCUCUCAGAUCUCGGCUUUUUCGAUUCCUUCGCUUUCCGGCCGUCGCAGCUCUCUUAAGUUGUCGCAGUUCCGAGGCCUUAAGCUCAGACCCAUCUCAAUCACUCGUUUCUCCUGCUCGCCGGCUUCCCCCUCGAGAAUCGCUCGUCGCAGUGGGCGGGUCGUGUGCGAGGCUCGAGAUACCGCCGUUGAAGUGACUUCUAUUACUGAUGCAAAUUGGCAGUCACUCGUCCUGGAAUCUGAAUCUCCGGUUUGGGUUGAAUUCUGGGCCCCAUGGUGUGGCCGCCGCAUGAUUCACCCUAUAAUUGAUGAACUAGCAAAGCAAUAUGCUGGGAAGAUGAAGUGCUACAAGCUUAACACUGAUGAGAGCCCUUCGGUCGCUACCCAAUACGGGAUCAGAAGUAUCCCAACUGUCAUUAUCUUCAAAAAUGGUGAGAAGAAAGAAACCAUUAUUGGUGCUGUGCCCAAAUCAACAUUGACCACUAGCAUAGAAAAAUUCUUGUGAGAUUAUUAGCUUGUAAGUUGUCUGUUGGAAGUAAAGCUAUUUUACUUUUAGCUUCUUUCAUCUCUGAAUGCAGAUGUCUUAAGUUUGGAUAA